AUGUCUGCUCUGUUCUGUUUGCUGCUAUUUACUUUAACUCAACAGCUGUCGGCUGGCAAGGUUUGCGCUGAUGACGAAGUCUAUCACAUGGGCUACUGUUACUCGUUCAAUGCUAAGCCGAUGAAAUGGAAUGAUGCUGCUCGGUACUGUAACGAUCACGACAAAGCGUUAGCGUUGACUGAAUCCGACGAUGACCAGACCUUCUACGCCGGUUAUAUCCAGGGCGUUUUGUCUUCUGUUCAACCACAAAACCCACGAGUAACAGGUGUAUGGACAUCUGUACGAUCUGUGCUUAACGGCUCGGAGCCGGCAUGGGUCUCAUUCCCAGGUUCCUACGUCCUCAAUAAGCAGUACUGGCAGUAUGGCGAGCCGAAUAUCUAUCCAAACUACGAAAACGUUUGUGUGUCUCUUCAGCGAGAAUCGAUGUAUCGAAAUUGGAUGUCAGAAUCAUGUGAUGCCCUGAACUACGCUAUCUGUAAACAUAAAGCGGUUGAUAAAGCCUCUUCACAAUAUCGUUUGGCUCAAUGCCUUUGCCAACCCGAAUAUGGUGGAAUUCGCUGUGAAAAAUAUACUGGAAUCUCACCAUCCCAGAACGUCUCAUGCGCUUCCAAGCGAUUCGAAUUUGCUUGCAUGAAUGGAGGCUCCAUCCAAGUGGAGUAUGCUUCCUAUGGUGCAUUCGAGGGCUACAUUUGCUCUGAAGACAUGCCUCCAUUGACACAAACGUGCAAUAAUCCAAACUCUUUCAAAACCAUCAACAACAGAUGCUCAGGACUAUCCUAUUGCACCAUUCGGAAUUUGACGGAGUUGUUUCCAGAAACUCCAUGUCCAGUUUUGGACGAGUUGUUUCUACAGUAUCGUUUUUCAUGUUCUGAAGAUGUACAGACGAAGUGUGCAUCUGGUUUCUUCUAUAUCACCGGCCGAUGUCUUUCUUUAAACGACAAACAAAAGCUUCUAUCAUUCAAUGCUGCGAAGGAGGAUUGUCGUCGACAGGGUGGUUAUUUGGCGAGUGAUAUCGACGAACCGAUGGAUGCGGAACUUUCGCGACACGUGGUGAGGAAAAGUAAGGAUGAAGGCACCUACUGGAUAGAUUUGCAUGUCGAUACAAAUGGGCAGGCUACUUGGGCUGAUGGAAGCCCAGUAUCGUACAGUUUCCAUUUGUCUAUUCUAGCUAAAGCCUCCCAACUGACCGGCAUUCUACUUUCUCCUGAUAGUCGUAGUUCCAGCCUGAUCAAACCCAAUUGGGACUGA